AAAAAAGCUCUUAGACAAAUAUGAUUCAAAAAAUGAAUUGGAAUCCUUUUACCCGUUUUCUUUUUCAUUUCCCGCAAUAAAGUAACCGCAUAACAAUGUAACUAUAACGCCCCUCUUUUUCUUUUUCUAUGUUGCAUAAGCGCCAACAAGUAUCAACCCCUGGAGCCUAUCCUGCUUCAAAAGACAUUGAUAAAAAAAGCCUUGUACACAACAAAAGACAUCUGAGCUCGAAGCCAGUGAUAAGAAUAAAAAACUACUUUUACAGACUAUGGAAAAAGACCCCUUCUCAACAAAUAAACAGUAACUCGUUGAAUAUAUCUGUGACGAUACCAAUUACAGUAAACAACAAUUAUUAUGACAGUCAUAAUGAAAAACCAACUUCUAGUUCAAUAAUGCACCACCUUGUUGCUUUAAAUUCGAACCAAAUAUACGUCUUAUUGGCAUUUGCAACGUUGUUCCUGCUUGUUAUUGCGUUUGCAUUGUUACAGGUACAUCGAAUUUUAUCUAUAUUACAGAUGCUACUAGAAGGCGUAAGAUAUAUUUUAGUUGGUGCCCUGUCAAAUACACUUUCGGUAUUUGCAUUUCUAAAGUCUUGCCUUUAUUGAUGUAGCAAAGAAUGCCUCAAACAAAAUACACACACGCUGUUAUCAAUAAAAAAUAUGCUUCCCGACUUGUUUUUUUU